GCAGGCCAGCCGGAGCUGCAAUCCCAUCCCAAAGCUGACCAGCUCCUGUCCUGACCUCUUCACGGAAAGCAGACUCUUUCCUGAAUCCAGUCAGGGAAGGUAAAGAUUGCUGUUGAGCUUGCUCUCCCCGAGGGCACAGGGACCUAGGGGGACUGAGUUUGUCUCUGUGGUAUUCGGUGACCUCAGCGUGCCAAAAGUGUUCUAAACAAACGAGAUGGGCUUGAACGUUCCCUAUCAAGAGUGAGGACGGUUCUGUCUAGCGGGUUGAUGUAUUGAACUAGUUGGAGAAAGAUUUCAACAGGUAGCACAAUGCACUCACGUGGGGCGGGGUUGUGGUGCAGUGCCGUCCCCACCUAGGUACCCGGCUUCUCUGUAAAUCUGUUCAUGGAGGAGUUUAACUUGUCUUUUAAAUUCUGCUUUCCAAACUCAGGAGUCCGCGGCUACCUUGGGCUGAGGGUGGCAGGAACGCCCCUGCCCUCGGAAAGCCAGAAAGGGGCUCAGAGCACAGCCGCCUGAGUCUGCACACAGGUUGGUGCAAACGCGGGCUUCCCUAUUGCUGAGGCCCUCGGGGCAACCUCGCGGGACUUGCACUCCGGUCCCGGCCCCUUGCCCUGGCCAAGAUGGACAACGACUCGUUUGCGGAGUCCGGCGGGUCCAACGCGUCCUGCGGAGCUCUGGUCCUGGGCUGCACCAACGCGUCGAGCCCGGAGCCUCUGCCGCUGCCGCAGUCGCUGGCCGUGGCCGUGCCGGUCGUCUACGCGGUGAUUUGCGUUGUGGGGCUGGCGGGCAAUUCGGCAGUGCUGUACGUGCUGCUGCGGGCGCCGCGCAUGAAGUCCGUCACCAACCUGUUCAUCCUCAACCUGGCCAUAGCCGACGAGCUCUUCACGCUCGUGCUGCCCAUCAACAUUGCCGACUUCCUGCUGAGGCGGUGGCCCUUCGGGGAGCUCAUGUGCAAGCUCAUCGUUGCCAUCGACCAGUACAACACCCAAGGCCGGCGCCAGUGUGUGCUGGUCUUCCCGCAGCCCGAGGCCUUCUGGUGGCGGGCCAGCCGCCUCUACACGCUUGUGCUGGGCUUCGCUAUCCCGGUGUCCACCAUCUGCAUCCUGUACACCACCCUGUUGUGCCGUCUGCACGCCAUUCAGCUGGACAGCCACGCCAAGGUUCUGGACCGCGCCAAAAAACGGGUGACCUUCCUGGUGGCCGCGAUCCUGGCUGUGUGCCUCCUCUGCUGGACGCCCUACCACCUGAGCACCGUGGUGGCGCUCACCACCGACCUUCCGCAGACUCCUCUGGUCAUUGCCAUCUCCUACCUCAUCACCAGCCUGAGCUACGCCAACAGCUGCCUCAACCCCUUUCUCUACGCCUUCUUGGACGACAGCUUCCGCAGGAGCCUCCGCCAGCUGAUGACCUGUCGCGCGGACGCCUGACUUCCCCGCGCGCCCAGCUUCUCCACCUGCUCUGCCCUCCACUGCCGGUUCAGGGAGCGCCUGAGGGUUCAAACCGGACAGGCAGCCUCGGGGUCCGGGGAAACUUUCUAGCGAUGCAGGUUCUCAGGCCCCAACCCAGACCUACUGACUCGGGAGCGUUGUGGCUGCGCCUGCUAUUUUUAUGUCCAGCCCUCGGGGUGCCGCCUUGUGUGGGGACCGCUGUGGCUGAGAAUAUCAUGCUGAAUGCCCCGUAAAGUAGAAGGGUCAGGGUUGAACCCUCAACUUGGCCGCGGGACGAGUUAACUAGAAGAGGGCAGUGUCGCCAGAAAACUGCCCUGAAACCCUCUCCAGGCGGGGCUAGUGGCAACCCCGGUUUAGGCGGAGCCACCGCGGCAUCAAGGAGAGAGGCCGGAGGAGGUCAUAGGCGCCCCCAGGCGGCUGCGUGCUCGCUUCAGCACUUAGCUUCUUUGCUUUCGGCAGGCGCCGUGCUUUCGAGCCACCUGGCAAAGACCCUGCCUGGCCUCUCGUUCUCCGCGCCCAGCUACUGGGGAAGAGGGUCAAAGCCCACACAAUCCGUGCUCACCUCUCCAAGGUUCCCCUUCAACGCCAGAUCUCACCCAAAAAUGCUCCAUGACUAUCAUUCUGCGGGAAUCUUACUUGGCCAGGUCUGAAGGAGCCAGAGGGGCAGUCAGGGUUCUUCUACUGGGGCAAACGCAUCAUCAACUCGGGGUGCUUGUCUGGGUUGUGUAGGGCGUGUGCGUGCUGGGGGUCUAGCAAAGGCUGGGGUGGGGUGAAGGAAGCUGCAGCCCAGCUGUGACCGCUCCCUGUUCCAAAGUCUUCAUCUUUUCCUUUUGCCCUUUCGAUUCCGAUUCCUGAUCUUACCUGAGAAACUGCUUCCGAUUGCCACUCUUCUGCAACCCUGCUGCCCAAGCUCAAUAAGAGUUUGGGGCCGCCAGUCCUUGGCAGGGAGCGAGAUUCUGGCUCCCCUUUCAGGAACUGGAUGCUCAGCUCAGGGCCUGGAGAGGGGCCUUUGCUGGGGAGCUCACCAACUAAAGGCUCUUUCCUGAAGUAGUCAUAGGGGCUUAUGUAGAGGACAUCAGGUCCUACAUCCCCCGCCACCCCAGUCAACUCGCAAACGUCGUGAGCAGGGCUUUAUAGUAAUUGUUUGUUGUGAGUACUGUUUUUCA